GGUGUCACGUUUCCUUGACAACAAGUCAUUUAUUUUGAUCAUUCGAUUACUCGAAGCAGUCUUUUUGUUUUAAACUACGAUUAAAAUCAUGACAGACUUCAGUGUUAAUACGAUUCGAGUAAACAAUUCUGGAGGUAGAACACUGCUGGCAAAUUGGGUUGAAGAGAGGGCUUGCAAGAGAUACGAUGAAGAUGACAAAAAACAAUGUUAUCCUUACAAACAUGGUCAUAAGGGUAUCUUAACUACAAAUUUUGGCUCACGUGUUGACAGCUUAUCAACGACUCAAGAUUGUUACCGCGAGCAUUUUGGAAAUGGCAUUCAGUCAAAAGGAAAAAAACUGCAGCUCUUGGAGAAACAGCUUUUUGAAAAGUUAAGCUCCAAGGUUCAAGAAGAGUUUCACCCUCCACCCCAGUUGCCUGAUUACAGAUCAGUGACCAAAAAGGAUUUUUUUUCGAAAGAAUUUACUCCAAUUGAACAUGUGCCAGAAAUGCCUCAUGAUGUUGUAAAAGAGCAACCUCUGACAUAUUGGUCUGAAAAGGUCAAUGUUGUGCAUGGUGUAAGUCAGAUUAAAACAAAAGACUCCCCAUUUCGCAAAAAUGCAUCAUUUAGCACUCCUGUCGAACAACAACUGGAUCAUCUAAAGCCUUACGAAAGAUGGAAUUUUGAUGGCGUGUAAAAGAUUUUAAUUUAUUCAAAUAUAAAACAUAUUUCGUGAAACAUUUUGAAAUUUAUGUUUUCAGCAUACAUUGUAAUAAAUAAGCAGCACAGCGUGUUUCCCAUUUUUUCAUUCAUCCAGUAUCUUUCAAAAAAGAUAAUAAAGUUCGCGCAAUGUUAAUCAGUGCGCAAAGUCCAA